GGCCCGAGGCGGCGGGGACGCGGGGACGCGGGGACGCGGCUUUGUGCUGGCGGGUCGCGGGGCGCCCAUGGCGGAGUGCGGCCGGGGGGGCGCCGCCGGCGGGGCCCUGCCCACCUCCCCGGGCCCGGUCCUCGCGGCCAAGGGCGCCCUGAGAGCCGGGGCCGGGGAAGGCGGCGGCGGCGGCGGAGGCGGAGGGCGCCUCGGCCACGGGCGGGCGCGCUAUGACAGCGCCGGGGUUUCCAACGGAGACUGCAGCCUCGGCGUGUCCGCGGACGAAGCCCAGGCCAGCCCCUCCAGGGGCCCCCGCGGCGCCGCGCUCGCCCCGACCCUCGGCCCGGCCGCCUGCCCCCUCCCCCGGGAGAGCAAGCCGGGCGGCCUGCCCCGCCGGAGCAGCAUCAUCAAGGAUGGUACAAAACAGAAAAGAGAGCGGAAAAAGACGGUCUCCUUCAGCAGUAUGCCCACGGAGAAAAAGAUCAGCAGUGCAAGUGAUUGUAUCAAUUCCAUGGUGGAGGGUUCGGAACUCAAAAAGGUUCGCUCCAACUCUAGAAUUUACCACAGGUAUUUUUUACUGGACGCUGACAUGCAGAGCCUGAGGUGGGAGCCAUCCAAGAAGGAUUCUGAGAAAGCCAAGAUUGAUAUUAAAUCCAUCAAGGAAGUGAGAACAGGAAAAAAUACAGACAUAUUCCGCAGCAAUGGCAUUUCUGACCAGAUAUCUGAAGACUGUGCAUUUUCAGUCAUCUACGGAGAGAAUUACGAGUCACUUGAUUUGGUUGCCAACUCCGCAGAUGUUGCGAACAUCUGGGUCACGGGACUGCGGUACCUAAUUUCUUAUGGGAAACAUACACUCGAUAUGUUAGAGAGUAGCCAAGACAACAUGAGGACUUCUUGGGUCUCACAAAUGUUUAGUGAAAUUGAUGUAGAUAACCUGGGACAUAUAACUCUGUGCAGCGCCGUGCAGUGUAUCAGAAACCUCAAUCCUGGUUUAAAAACGAGCAAAAUUGAGCUUAAGUUCAAAGAAUUGCACAAGUCCAAGGACAAAGCUGGUACUGAAGUCACAAAGGAGGAAUUUGUUGAGGUUUUCCACGAGCUUUGUACUAGACCUGAAAUUUAUUUCCUUUUAGUUCAGUUCUCAAGCAAUAAAGAAUUCCUUGAUACCAAGGACCUUAUGAUGUUUCUGGAGGCAGAGCAGGGUGUGGCACAUAUAAAUGAGGAAAUAAGCCUUGAAAUUAUUCACAAAUAUGAGCCAUCCAAAGAGGGUCAGGAAAAGGGCUGGCUUUCCAUAGACGGGUUCACUAAUUACCUUGUGUCAUCUGACUGUUAUAUAUUUGAUCCAGAGCAUAAGAAGGUCUGUCAGGACAUGAAGCAACCCUUGUCUCAUUACUUUAUAAACUCAUCUCAUAAUACGUACUUAAUAGAGGAUCAGUUCCGAGGUCCCUCUGAUAUCACAGGAUACAUCCGAGCUCUUAAAAUGGGUUGCCGGAGUGUUGAAUUGGAUGUAUGGGACGGGCCGGAUAACGAACCUGUGAUUUACACAGGCCACACCAUGACCUCGCAGAUCGUCUUCCGCAGCGUCAUUGAUAUUAUUAACAAGUAUGCAUUCUUUGCUUCAGAGUACCCUCUCAUCCUGUGUUUGGAAAAUCACUGCUCUAUUAAACAACAGAAGGUCAUGGUUCAACACAUGAAGAAAAUUUUAGGAGACAAGCUCUACACAACCUCACCCAGUGCUGAGGAAUCGUACUUGCCAUCCCCAGAUGUCCUGAAAGGGAAGAUACUCAUCAAGGCAAAGAAGCUGUCUUCCAGCUGCUCUGGAGUAGAGGGCGAUGUUACUGAUGAGGAUGAAGGGGCAGAGAUGUCCCAGAGGAUGGGCAAGGAGAACGCAGAGCUGCCCAACCACGUGCCUGCCAAGCGCUUCCAGCUCUGCAAAGAGCUGUCCGAGCUGGUGAGCAUCUGCAAGUCGGUGCAGUUCAGAGAGUUCCAGGUGUCCUUUCAGGUUCAGAAGUACUGGGAAGUCUGCUCAUUCAACGAAGUGCUUGCCAGCAAAUACGCCAACGAGAAUGCAGGGGACUUUGUCAAUUAUAACAAGCGCUUUCUCGCCAGGGUUUUUCCCAGCCCCAUGAGAAUUGACUCCAGCAACAUGAACCCUCAAGAUUUUUGGAAAUGUGGUUGUCAGAUCGUGGCCAUGAACUUUCAGACCCCGGGACUGAUGAUGGACCUGAACAUCGGCUGGUUUAGGCAGAACGGGAACUGCGGCUACGUGCUGCGGCCGGCCAUCAUGAGGGAGGAGGUCUCCUUCUUCAGCGCCAACACCAAAGACUCCGUCCCAGGAGUCUCACCCCAGCUCCUUCACAUCAAGAUCAUCAGCGGGCAGAACUUCCCCAAACCCAAAGGAUCGGGUGCUAAAGGCGACGUGGUGGACCCUUACGUCUACGUUGAGAUCCACGGGAUCCCCGCUGACUGUGCAGAACAGAGGACGAAAACAGUGCACCAGAACGGAGACGCUCCCAUCUUUGACGAAAGCUUUGAGUUCCAGAUCAACCUGCCCGAACUGGCCAUGGUGCGCUUUGUGGUCCUGGACGACGACUACAUCGGGGAUGAGUUCAUCGGCCAGUACACGAUUCCCUUCGAGUGUCUGCAGACGGGCUACCGCCACGUGCCGUUGCAGUCGCUCACCGGCGAGGUCCUCGCCCACGCUUCUCUGUUCGUGCACGUGGCCAUCACGAACCGGAGAGGAGGCGGGAAGCCUCACAAGAGGGGCCUCUCUGUGAGGAAAGGGAAGAAGUCCAGGGAAUAUGCGUCCCUGAGAACACUGUGGAUUAAAACUGUGGACGAGGUCUUCAAGAAUGCCCAGUCCCCAAUUCGGGACGCCACCGACCUGAGAGAGAACAUGCAGAAUGCAGUGGUGUCCUUCAAGGAGCUGUGUGGCCUCUCCUCCGUAGCCAACCUCAUGCAGUGCAUGCUGGCGGUGUCUCCCCGCUUCCUGGGACCUGAUAACACGCCCCUGGUGGUCCUGAAUCUCAGCGAGCAGUAUCCCACCAUGGAGUUGCAGGGAAUCGUGCCCGAGGUUCUGAAAAAGAUCGUAACAACUUACGACAUGAUCUGAACCCCCGGGUGGCUGCGACCCUGUGUGUCCCGCUCAUCACUGUGUUCUCACGACGGAGCCUGCCACAGGGCAGGCACUCAAAAUAUAUUUAUGAACGAAUGAGUGAAUGAAUGAAUGAGUGAAAGAAAAUGCCCUUGAUCUAGAGGACACAGAUAUCAGGUGUCCUUCCCGCCCUACAUCUAGGUCCCGGAGUACCUACAUUUCCCUGAACUUGGCUCAUUUACGCGUGCACGGAAAGCCUUUCUUGGGAGCGUUAGGUUUGGGGCUGGUGACGGCUAGAGGGUGGAGUGACUGUCCUUCCAGUCUCAGUACCAGAGGGUCUCACCGUGUCCGUCCUAAGGUGGUAAGUGGCACCUGUGCCGGUCCAGGAAGAGGAGGUUCCUGGACAGCUCCAGAUGCCUGUGCGAAGGGCAGGGCCUGAGGCAGGAGGCCAGGCCUGGGACAGCUGGGAGGAAGGAAGCUAUGAGCGUCUCAGGUCCCCAGACCAUUUACCUCUUAUUCAGAUCCUCAGUCUUCCCUGCCCUUUACCAGAGGGUUCUUUGCCCUGUCUGCAAUGCCCUACUCUUAAAGAUUCAUGGGUCCUAAGGAGGACACACCCCUAGGGUUGAGGAAUGAAGGGGAGAGGAGGCCAGACAGGAGAGCUGCUUGAUUCAGCAAAGGCCGCUGAGAUGGGAACAUGGCUUCUAUACGAAGAGCGUUUCAUGCUUUUCCAAAGCAUGCUGAGAAGUUGAGUGCCACGUGAGGUAGCAGGUGGGCAUGGGCUCCUGGUGGGCCAAACGAGAAGUCCCUGAAUGCCAGACCGCCACCGUCCCUCAGUUGUCACACCCCUCAUCCCGACGCUCGCGGGCCCUGCUGGGUACCACACUGCUGUGCUCCCGGGGAAGGAAACCCGGACCCCGCACGCAGUAUCCGCGGGCUGUGAGUCCACCUUGGCUAGGCUUUGUGCUGGUCCUUCUCUCACCUGCGUUGUGAGCUGAUUCCCAGGGCACAGGACAUGUGCCCUGGUGUGUUCUGCCAAGGACACAUCUCCGUGAGUGCAGUUGUAAGUUCACACAGCCCUGGGCAGGUGGGCAUGGGUGUGAACACGUGUGUACAAGAUCGUUCUUGCACAGAGACGCUGGGACUAGCAAUUGGGGGAGGAAGGGGGACCCUGCCUGCACCCUGGAAGUAGGUGAGUGGGGGCUUGGGGGAUGGUGGUGCCAGCAAAGAAUAUGAGCCCUGAGCGUGAGAAGUCCCUGCUCUGGUGCGCACUCUGUGACCGGGCACGUCGCCUCUUCAUCUGUAGAACGGGCAGGGUCUCACCGCCUCCCAGGGGGUGAGAUCACAUGUAAGUAGCCCAGGGCAUGGGAAAUUCUCAAAACACGGUACUCAUUAUCAUGUCAGUAUGAGUUCAAAGGCUAGAAACAAGCAGCUCUUGAUGCUCUAAGACUUCUCUGUGUGUAUAUCUUAGCAUCACUUGAACUUCACCGUAGCAGCUUUGCUGUAUAUGGAGACGUGGUUACUCCGUUUCAUAAAGGCAGGUUUAAAGUUGCAAAGUGAAAAGCAGAAGGUUAGGUUUCCCACCACCUUGCGUGGGGAGUUGCCUCUCUACUCAGAAAGGGGAAGAUGCAGGAGCCUGUGAGUUCUGUUGUUGACACCAGAAAGGCCGUAAAUAUUGUAGUAGCUGGUCGAGUGGUUCUUGCCCCCCUCCUAGCUCUGCUGUUCCAGAGUACUGCAGACUCUUUACUGGGCUCAAAAAUAAUGCUCUUUAGUACAGAGAAGUCUCCAAUUGCUUUCCUCUAUUAACUAACAUCUAGACUUAGCUAUCACAGACCUGAGAGAAACUAAUGACACCUUACAGUAAGACUAUGGUUGAAUUACUGUCUGUUAAUUAGGAGUUUGAAAAUCACCUUGAUCCCCUUGGAGAAAAACCUUGAUAUAAGUAGAUGGUAAUAAAAGUGGAACUGUGUUUAAUUCAAACUGUAUCUUUUGAAAUUUAAUUAAUUUCGUAAUAACAGUUUUAUUUAUUUUUAUUUUUUU